UCAAAAUGGCGGCAGACUUACCUCCAGCUCUUAGACAGAGAUUAUUAAAGAAAGGGAUCAUAGAUACACCUCCCUCUCCCUCCUCUUGUCCUAAUGCAGUCAAUCCUUACCAUGAAUGUACUGAUUACUGUAGACAGAGGUAUGGAGGGGGCGUGGCCUCCAAACCUACUGCUACUGCUCCAAAACUUCCAAAGCAGAAUGAAGCACCUGAAGCUGUGAUGCUGUUACCGCAAGAUUGGCUCCAAGUACGGGAUGAUAAAACGAAUCACUUCUAUUUCUGGAAUAAGAAAACUAAUGAAGUUUCCUGGUACCCACCAGCUAAAACUACCUACCAGCCAAAGCAGACAUUAGCAGAGGAGCAAAGGAAAAGGCUUUCAAGGAAGUCAGGGCCUUCAUCUUUUAAGAAAAAGAAAAAGAAAUUUACUGAAGAUACUGAUCUAGACCCAAUGGAUCCAGCUGCUUAUUCUGAUGCUCCAAGGGGAACAUGGCAGUCUGGUCUGGAAGAUAAAGGAGAAGCUAAGACUGGUGUGGACACAACCGCUAAUGGACCCCUCUUUCAAAUGAGGCCUUACCCCAGCCCUGGGGCCAUCCUUAAAAUGAAUAAAGAUAUUAAAUCAUGAUUCAUGCACUUGCACUUUUAUUAAUAAAAACUUAACAUCAACUGUCUCUUCAUUUACAUAAGAGACACGUGAAUACAUUGUA